AUGGCACUGAUCAACGUUGGAGAUCGCGUUCUUGUGAAGAAUGAGUCUGGGUUCAUUCGAUUUAUCGGGCCAACGAAAUUUGCACCAGGUCAAUGGGUCGGAAUUGAGCUAGAUCGCCCUGUCGGUAAAAACAACGGGUCUCUUCAAGGCAUCAAGUACUUUGAUUGUGCCAAAGACGGUGAAUACGGAAUAUUUGUUCGUCCAAAUCUUGUGAUUAGUGAGAGUACGAAUUCACCUUUACAAAAAUCAGAAUAUCUGGAUACUGAAAAGAUUGUGAUUCGUCUUCAAGAUAAGCUUAAAGUGGCCCGACAGCAGAUUCAAGACAAUCUAAAACAUAUAGAUGAUCUUCAGAUUGCUCUCAACUCUAAAACUAGUGAGGUAGAAGAGCUCGAGAUGAAGUUAGAAGGUGCUUUGGUGGAUCAAAACUAUCUCCACGAGAAAAAUUCUGAAUUGACAGGAAAGCUAGCAGUUCUAGAAGCGAAGUACAACGAUAUUUUUGCAGAUUAUGCUAUUUUGCAGGAAGAGUCCGAGCUAAAUAGGGAAUUAGAGAACAUUGUCAAAACCCAAUUUUCAAAGACUGGCGAUCUCUCUAAGGAAGAUCUUGAAUCUUUAAUUCAACACAACAAAAAAUUGGAGGUUGCAUUACAUUCCUUAGAGAAACUAUCAAGCGAUAGAGAAGUUAGUUUGAGGAGCGAGAUAGCUAACCUUAAUAAGAGUUUGGAAAAUUUUGAGCUGAUUAGUAAAGCUUACUCCGAAGUAUCUCAGAAGUUAGAAAAAGCAGAGGCUACUAUUCAAGUGUUACAAGAGCAGUUAGAAUCUGUUGCUGACCUGGCUCACAUCAUUGAACAUCUCACCCAAGAAAAUGAAUUAUUACAAACAAAAGUGAGUGAGCUCAAUAAUACUAUUAAAGAAUUGACUGAGCUCAAUGAACUUGAUAGGUCUUUAGAAGAAUACCAACUGAAAAUGGAACAAGAUCUCCGUAAGCAGGUUGAUGAUCUUCUUAUUGAAAUCCGAAGUUGGAAAGGCAAAGUUUCAAGUUUAUCUCAAAAGAAUGAAGAAUUGAAAGAAAAAAUUAAUAACGCGGUAACUAAUUCCGAAAUGUUGGGGACUGCUGGAGAUUUUUCGAAGGAGGAGGAACUUCGUUUAGAAGUGAAAAAACUCAAGGCUAUACUAAAGCGAGAUGGAAUUGGUCAAAGAGUUACUUUGGACGAACUAGAACUUGUAAAAGAUCUCAUUCAUAAAUUAGUUCCAAGCUUCCUCUCCCAAAGGGUUAAAAUGCUCGUUACUUUGUUGAAGUGUAAGUCUCAAUGCAAUGCGAUAGAAGAUGUUUUGCGAGAUCCUUCUAACUUGUCUCAGGAUAUCCGACUUAACCUUUCAUUGGUCAAGUUGCGGUAUCUUGUUUCUGGGCUAAAAAUAGUUGUCGAAUGGGAUAGCAAAGAUGAAUUCACUCUAUGGGAUACUUUAGAAUCAAUUGUUACUUCGUUUACCUCGAAAGUCGAGGAAAUUUUCAACAGAGUUAAGAAUGACGAUAUCGAGUGCUUGGACCUUUCAUUCGUCAAAAGUUUUGUUCACAAAAACCCAUUGCUAUUUGAUCGAAUGAGAACCACAUCCUUCGGAGGUGCAUUUUUGUGCCUUGAUCUUGCAUUAGAAGCAGAAAGUGCUUCAACUGUUUCUACGGGAUUAUUCAACGCAGAUAUUUUUGGAAAUGAGUUUGCCACAUUCGCUACUCAGCUUAAACGUUUAGGAGAGGUUUCUCUGAAAGUGGCUACGCAAGCCCGAUCACUUGUUCAGUCAGUACUCGAAGGUCGUUUCAAAAUCGAACAAGAAGUUUCCAUUUCACAACUUACGAACAUUAACGAACAAAUGAUAGAUUUGUAUUUGAUGCUUCAUGAAGAGACGACGGCAUUGUUCAGCGAUGAUAAACAAAAUGAACGGCUUGUGAAAUUGAUGCAUGAACAUAUCCCAAAAUUUGAUUUAAAGACUCAGAUUAUCACUUAUGAAGAGAUUUCACGUAUCAUGCAAAGUGUUCCUAAAGACCAUAGCACGCCUCUAAACAAUAUUCUUUCGCAAGUUUCUGAUGCUUUUAUGUCACAAGAGGCUGGGAUUCAAAAAGAACACUCAUCGACAGAGACUGACAAAUCUAAAAGCGCAAUAAUCGAGGAAUUGAAUAUUAACAUAGAUCUUUUAGAGAAGAAUAUGGCGUCUAUGAUGGAUAACAAUACUGCUCAAACACGUGUAUUGCAAGAACAGCUCUCGCAAGCUAAGGAAGAUUUUGAGGACCUUCAAAAACGUUAUGAGAGUUUGAAACAGGAGAACGAGUUGAUUGAUAAUGAAAUCCAAAAUUUACUACAAUCCAACUCUACUUCCUAUAAGCAAAUUCCAUAUUUCGAAAAUCUCAAAGAGAAAAGACAGUUUUCGAAUGAAAUGGCUUUGGUUGAGGAAAUAAUGUUGUUGAAGGAAAUGAUUAACCGUGGGGUGGAAAGUAAUGAAAUGUCUUGGAAGUAUGAACAAUGGUUGCUGAAACCCCUUCUUCCUUCAAACCAGACUAACGGCCGUGAGAAACGGGAAGCUAGACUUUUCAUUGACGAGGCACGCCAACGAAGAGAACAAACAUUGCAAUAUGUGAAUACUCUUAGAGGUAAGAAAAGCCCACUUCAUGGAUAUUUUAAGAUGUAUUAA